AUGAAGUACAUUCUCAUCGCCUCUCUCCUCACCUCCGCGGCUUACGCUGCUCCUUUCGCCCAGGUCCAGGGCGGUAACGGCGGCAACGGCAACACUGCCGCUGCUGCAACUAACCAACAAACCGGAAACCAGGGCGGUCAAACCCAGGCUGGCAACCAGCAACAGCAGCAAGGCGCGCAGACAGGAAACCAGCAGCAGCAGCAACAGCAGGGUGCCACCAACACCCCUACUGGUCUCGGUGCCGGUAUCCAGAAUGGACAAACUCCCACUGCCAACGACCUCGCCACCGCCGUCUCCAACUGGAUGGCCGACACUUCAAUGGUCUCCAACUUCCUCAACACUGGAGCUAGCAUCCAGAACAACGCCCAGUUCAAGCAGGCUGCUACAGUUGCCUUCAACGCAGAGGUCGAUGAGCUGAACCACAAGGCCAUCAUCGAUGCUGCCAACGGUCAGAUGCCCAACGUCAUUGCAGCCAACAGCACACUCGCUACUGGUGGUUCGUUCCAGGAUGUCGUCGACAAGCUUCAGCAGAUGUCUGUUCAGGGUAUGGCUGCCGCUGGAAACAUCGACUUGAUCAACCAAAACCGCUGUGUCAACGUCCUCCCCAACAUCGAUGCUUACAUGGCUUCUACUGGAUCCACCUCCCAGGCGGUUCGCCCCACCGUCUGCGACCAGACCGGUGUUGCUGGUGGUGUUCAGGGAACUGGCGCUACUCAGCCCGGCGCCCCUGCAGGUAGCCCUGCUGCUGCCUUUGCCGCUGCUCAGGCUCUUGCUCAAGGAACUGGUAAUGGCCUGGUUCAGAACACUGGCGCUGCUGGUGCCGCCACAGGCACUCAGGGAACUCAGGGAACUCAGGGAACUCAGGGUACUACUGGAGCUCAGGGCACUACUGGAGCUCAGGGCACUACUGGAACUCAGGGUACUCAAGGUACUCAAGGUGCUCAGGGAACUCAAGGUGCUCAGGGAACUCAAGGUGCUCAGGGAACUGCGGGAACUGCUACAGGUACCACCGGCACUGCAACCAACAACGGACAAACUCCUCAGCAAGCCGCUGGCAUCACCCCUACCAACGGCCAAGCACCCCAAGGAACGACUGGUGUCCAAGCUCCUCAACAAGGCUCUCAGGGUACUACCGGACAGCAGACCCCUCAACAAGGUCAACAAACUGGCCAACAGCAGGGUCAGCAGGCUGGUCAGCAGACGCAACAGGGUCAACAGAACGGCCAGCAGACUCAGCAGAACGGCCAGCAGGCAGGCAAUGGCGCCGCUGCCGGACAACAGACUCAAGGCCAGACUCAAAAUGGUGCUAACCAGCAGCAACAGGCUGCUAACGGUGCCGCUGCUGGACAACAAUCUCAGGGACAGAAUGCGGGUCAGGCAUCUGGCCGCAACGGCGGCAACGGAGCCAAGGGCGGCAACAACAACAACAACUAA